GAAAUAAAAAGGACUAGGCAUGUCCUAAAAUGGUAAAGUGCCUCUGGGUUCAAUCCCUAGAACCACCAACACCACCAACAAAAGCCAAUACAAGUGAACUCUGGGAAAUUGUUGCAGAAGAGGGCUUCUGGGAAUGGUGAUUACUGGGUGGCUUGAAGGAGGGACAGGAAGGCUGGCUAGGCUCUCCUAGGAGCCCAGGAUAUGGCAGGGACCCAGACUGAUGUAUGGCUAUGGUGCUGGAUAUGGCUGUUGGCACUGCCAUCUUUGGUGCUAGAAUUAAGUAGAAACUAUGUGACUUCAGUGUAUGCUGCAAGCACAGGCCCAGGAACAGACACCUGAUUGGCCCGGCUUGGCUUACCCCUCCAGGACCAAUUUGGGGACCUCAGUUGGCCUCAUAAUGAAAGGCAGGGCUUCCUCCCUCAGGACACACAAAGGUGGGCCCAGAAGUUAGGGAGCCCUCACAUCCUGCCCAGAGCGUCCCACAUGAUGAACACCUAAACAGGGACCCUUUUUUAAAAAAAGAACAAUUUUGAGAAGCUCCCAUCAAAUGAAGAAAAGAAAAUGAAGUUGCUCAUUCACCCUGUUUGCUUUUUAAACCAGUGUUUGCUGAAAUGUGGUUCUCGGACUCCAGACUCAGAACCAUGCGAGAGAUGUUGCCUUGAGUGAAUGACUCCAUUGAAGGAAGCUCUUCUGCGUCCCUUGCUGCAAGCCAGCCCUGCCAGGAAGAAGACUCAGCAGAUCCAGGACCCACUAGACCACCUCUGCACAGGAAGGACCUGUCUUCCCUAAGGCUUGCAGAAGCUACCUCAUGUUCAGGGAAUCUUGCUAGCUAUGGCCCUCCUGUUUGGUAUACUGCUGCUGCUGGGGCUUUGUGGGAAUAUCAUCUCAGAAAACACUUCUGAGACAUUGGAUUAUGAAUUGCCUACAUCCAAAUAUGAGACUGAAGACACCUACAGUCCUGGGCCCAUUAGUGUUCUCUUCCAAAUGGUGCGCAUAUUCAUCUACAUAGUGCAGCCCGGAGACUUCCCUGAAGACUCCAUCAGAAAAUUUAUACGGAACAAAUUUGAAGUCUCGGCUGUUUAUGAUGAGCCAGAAAACAUAGUCUUGAUCCUGAAGAUCGCCCACUAUGAGAUCGGCGUUAUCCUGUGCGUUAUCGUGGGCGUGUUAUUCAUUAUUCUGCUGCCUGUGGUGGGUUGUAUCUUUGCGAUAUGUCGUUGCUGUAACAAAUGUGGUGGGAAAAUGCACCAGCGUCCGAAGGAGAACGCGCCCUUCCAGAGGAGGUGCCUUGCAAUCUCCCUCCUGGUGAUUUGCGUGCUCGUAAGCAUUGGAAUCAUCUACGGCUUCGCGGCCAACCACCACGUGAGACACCGCAUCAGAAAGUCUCAGAAGCUGAUAGACAGCAACUUGAAAGACCUGCGAACCCUCGUGAAUGAAGCGCCACAGCAAAUUGACUAUAUCGUGGACCAGUUCAACACCACCAAAGAGAAGGCCUUCUUAGAUCUGGACAAUAUUCAUUCGUUGCUGGGAGGUGGAAUUCUCGAGAGACUAAAGCCUAAGGUGAUCCCUGUCCUUGAUGAGAUCCAGGUCAUGGCGAAAGCAAUUAAAGAAACCAAGGUGGCCCUGGAGAACAUGAACCAGAAUUUUAAGAGCCUGAGGGAUGGAAGCCAACAGCUCAGCAACAGCCUGUCUACCGUGAAACAAAACAUGCAGAAUUCUCUGCAAGGCCCUGAGUGCCUUCUUCCACAAGUGAGUGACAUCUGCAAGAACAUUGAGUCGUCUCUGAGCCAGCUGGAGGGCAACCCCGAAUUGAGCAAGCUCCCAUCUAUGGACACAGAACUUCAAAAUAUUAAUAAUGUUCUCAGAAAUGAUUUGGAUGCCAUGGUCCAAAAGGGCUACCAAUCCUUUAAUGACAUUCCUAAGAGGGUGCAAGUCCAAACCACGAACAUCGUAGCAGAAAUCAAAAAGCUCUUAAAUACCGUGGGUUCCAACGUCAAGGAUGCAACCAAAGAUAUUCCUAUUCAGAAGUCCUUGUCAGAGUUCAAUAGUCACAUGGAUGACAUUGAAAAAGAAAUCAAACAGAAGUUGCAUCGGGCAGAAGAAGUUGACUCCUAUUGGUGGCUGUGUAGCCUGAUUUCCUGCUUUCUGCUGUUACUCAUCGUGAUUUUUUUUUACCUGGGCUUGCUGUGUGGCGUCUACGGCUACGACAAGCACGCUACCCCAACCACCAGAGGCUUCGUAUCCAACACGGGAGGCAUCUUCCUCAUGGUUGGAGUUGGAUUCUGUUUCCUCUUUUGCUGGAUAGUGAUGAUCCUUGUGGUUCUUUCUUUUGUUCCUGGUGUGAAUAUGGAAAAACUAAUCUGUGAACCUUAUGCAAAUAGGAAGAUAUUCCAGAUUUUGGACACCCCCUACUUACUAAACAAGGAAUGGAAAUACUACAUCUCUGGCAUGGUUCUUAAAAAACCGGAUAUUGAGCUCACUUUUGAACAAAUUUACAGUGAUUGCAAAAACAACAGAGGAAUUUAUUCCACACUUCAACUCGAGAACCUCUUCAAUAUCAGCGAGAGUCUCGACAUUCACAAGCAUACUGACAACAUAAACAAUCGACUUGAACGUCUGGAUAUAAAACUUGGUGGCAUUGUUCUUCUGAACGAGGAAGGAAAAAACAACCUCAAGGAAUUCUCUAAUAGUGGGAUAGACAAUAUAGAUUAUGACACCCUCUUGGCUCAGAGUAAAACCUCUCCUGGAAAAGUGAAUCUUAUAUCAUUUUCAUAUGAUCUGGAUACAAAAGCAGACCGCUUGCCCCCCGGACAAUUAAAGCAGUCCAUGAAGUCAGAAGCGCAAACUAUUAGAAAAAUUCACCAGGAUCAAGUCCUUCCCAUGGAGAGGACCCAGAAAUAUGUGAAAGUGAGGGUCGAUGUACAAAAAAAUAUCAAGAUUCUUCAACGCACAAGUGGGGGACUAAAGGAGAAAGUGUCCAAGAUCCUGCAGUCUUUGGAUUCUGUUCAGGUCUUCAUAACAAACGAUAUCUCCUCCGUUAUUGUGGAAGAAACGAAGAAAUUUGCGAAAAAAAUCUUACGCUAUUUUGAACACUACCUAGAGUGGGUGGAGCUGGCUGUCACUGAGAAGAUGGUGCCCUGCAAGCCUGUGGCCACCGCCAUGGAUUCUGCUUUUAAAGUGAUUCUGUGUGGCUUCAUUGUGGACCCUCUGAAUUUGUUUUGGUUUGGCAUAGGGAAAGCUACUUUUCUUUUACUCCCGGCUCUAAUCAUCGCUGUGAAGCUGGCCAAGCACUACCGCCGCAUGGAAUCAGAGGAUGUAUAUGAAGAUAUGGAAAAUGGUUAUCAUAAAGCUCAUCCAUAUGGUAUUCACAAUGCUGUUAUGCCAAGUCUUCAAACUAUACCCCCGGAAACUUUGGAAAAUGGUAAUGCUAGUUAUGAUGAACCUCAACCACAUGCUCUUGACAAGGCUAUCAUGACAAGUCUUCAAACUAUACCUCCGGAAACUGAUGAAAAUGCACCCAGGGAAACUGAUGAAACUGCUCCCAGGGACACUGAUGAAAGUGAACCCACGGAAACUGGUGCACCUGGAAGCAAAAAAGUCUCGUUACAAUAUUAUUUCUGAGGUUGAAAUUGCUUGAGCAUCAAGACACACAAUGUGGAAGGAAUGAGACUGUUGGUAAAUCUGGGUCUGCGAGAACUUUCCAAAUUCAAGAGGAGCUCUGGUGGCAAUGCAGUGACUCAAGGGGACUUCUUGGUCUCUGGGUAGAGCUUUGUUAGGAAUGAACACAGUCACGUUCCUAGUCCAUGUGUCCAUCACUAUUCAAGGAUAAUCUUCCCUCCUGUUUAUUAUUAUUUUUUUAAUACUGAAUUUCUAUUUAGAUACCAUACCAUAUGGGUUUGGGCACAUUUCUGGGUCAAACAGUCCAUCCGAUAUUAAUACUGAGAUUCUAAUUUACUCGCGUAGGUAGAGUGUGCGGGACACAUACAGUUUACAGAAAAUGUGUAUUUUGUGUAUAGUAGAUUGUAUAUACACCUUUGCCACAGCUAGGGUUUUUUAAACAAAUGAGUAUUGUAAGGGUUUUCUUCUAAAUGAGCUUACUAUCGGGUCAGUGUUGAUUUAUUGGUGCUGUUGAAAAUAAUCCAUUUUCACUAAAAGUAUGUGAAACCUACAGCAUGUCCUUCACCUAGGAUUUGCAUCCACUUUGUCAAUGAUUGGUCACGGUGUUUGGGAACAGAAUACAAAAGCAGUCCCAGAGUACCCCCACUCUAUUACAGUAACAAGUUCAAAACAGAGAGAUCUUGGGAGAAGGAAUGCUGUUUGGCAGAGGGUGGAGCUGUUUGCACAGAUGCCAAGUGCAGUGCACACUUCAUCUUCUGAUUCAGGAUGAGAAUCAUCUGGAUGUCAUCUGAUUAUUGCGAGAGGGGACUCUGAAGCGAAACAGGGGACGACCCUGUCAUGGUUCUUAGAUUUUUGGUGUCCAACAUGAAUAAAGCCUUCAUGCUUGGUCCUUAGAAAUAUAUGGAAGCAUGAGUCAGUAUCUGUUUGUUUUGGGGUCACUCACAUUGUCUUUGCCUUUUUCAAAAGUGAUCGGCAGUGAAAUACUGUCAAACCAAAGUAGCAGUGAUGUCAUGCAUGACAUUCAAGAUGUGGGCUUUGUACCAGGUCUUUUGAGAGAAGAUCACUGUCCUGAUUUAUUUCAAUAAAAGGGGGCUUGGAAAUUGC